UCCAGCCUUUGGGGUUAGUGUGCUCAUGUUUGGCUCGCGGAGACAGUCAGAGAGAUAUCCUUAGGGAGGAGACACAAAUCACUUCACUUUCAACCGGAGGGGCGACUCGGAAUUUGCGGCGAUCUGAUCAGGACUCCGGUUGGUUACCCCGGUCCGGUUUUCGGUUGCUUAUCUUGUGAAGGAGGUGAAACUUCUUGGUUCUUGGAGGAUAAGGAUGAGGUUUGGUAGUCGCGCGGGACUCUGAGCAUCCAGAUCUUCUCAACUCAGCGCGAGACGCGAGAGGAGCUCACUCCGGUUCUGAAGAUCCACGGGCGCGCAGUUGGCGUUUGCUGUUUGCGGUAUUUCUGAGAAUCUGGAAUUUGGACCUAGCCGGACUCGCGGACUUGUUGCCUCGUGUUUUUUUCUUCUCUCUCUCUUUCUCUCUUUCUGUUUCACUCUUUCACUCUUUUUUGUACUCCCUCCAUCCACGCGGUAACCCGGGAACCCCGAGAGCACGCGCGCACUGACGGAGACACGUGCGUCUCUGCGUGUGCUUGGUGGAGAGCGCACUUUCAUGUUCGCUGUUCAGGAGAGCGUGCAGCGGAGCGCGAGCGCGUUAAAGGAGGAGCCGCUCGGGAUGAACGCGGCGGCGGUGAGGUCGUGGAUGCAGGGCGCCGGUGUGCUGGACGCGAGCACCGCCGCGCAAAGCGGGCUCGCGCUGGCUCGAGCGCACUUUGAGAAGCAACCGCCCUCCAACCUGCGCAAAUCCAACUUCUUCCACUUCGUCCUCGCGCUGUAUGACCGGCAGGGUCAGCCCGUGGAGAUCGAGCGCACCUCGUUCGUUGGAUUUGUGGAGAAAGAAAAGGAAAGCACCGGAGAAAAGACCAACAAUGGAAUACAUUACCGGCUGCAGCUGCUCUACAGUAACGGCAUUAGGACAGAACAGGACUUCUACGUGCGCCUUAUUGACUCCAUGACUAAACAGGCCAUCAUCUACGAGGGUCAGGACAAGAACCCUGAGAUGUGCCGUGUACUUCUGACUCACGAGAUCAUGUGCAGUCGGUGUUGUGACAAAAAAAGUUGUGGGAACCGAAACGAGACCCCCUCGGACCCCGUCAUCAUUGACAGGUUCUUCCUCAAGUUCUUCCUGAAAUGCAACCAGAACUGUCUGAAGAACGCCGGGAACCCGCGGGACAUGCGGCGCUUUCAGGUGGUGGUUUCGACUACGGUGAGCGUAGAAGGACAUGUUCUCGCCGUCUCCGACAACAUGUUCGUGCACAACAAUUCAAAACACGGGCGGAGAGCGCGGAGGCUGGACCCUUCAGAGGGAACGCCGUCGUAUCUAGAACACGCAGCAGCACCUUGUAUCAAAGCCAUUAGCCCCAGUGAAGGAUGGACAACAGGGGGCGCUACAGUGAUCAUCAUAGGAGACAACUUCUUCGAUGGGCUGCAGGUCAUCUUUGGCACCAUGCUGGUCUGGAGUGAGCUCAUCACUCCUCACGCCAUCCGGGUGCAGACUCCUCCUCGCCACAUCCCCGGAGUCGUGGAGGUCACGCUGUCAUACAAAUCCAAACAGUUCUGUAAAGGCACACCUGGCAGGUUCAUCUACACAGCGCUGAACGAGCCAACCAUCGACUACGGUUUCCAGCGGUUACAGAAGGUCAUUCCUCGACAUCCUGGAGAUCCAGAACGCCUUCCAAAGGAGGUGAUUCUGAAGAGAGCAGCAGAUCUGGUGGAGGCGCUGUACGGAAUGCCUCAUAACAACCAGGAGAUCAUUCUGAAGCGAGCGGCUGAUAUAGCCGAGGCUCUCUAUAACGUACCGCGGAACCACAAUCAGCUGACCGGCCUCACCAACAGCUCCGUCCACGCCGGCAUGAUGGGGGUGAACUCCUUCACCGGGCAGCUCGCCGUUAACGUUUCCGAAACCUCACAAGGAGGAAAUCAAGGUUUCAGUAGGAAUACGAGCAGUGUAUCUCCUCACAGUUAUGUACCGAGCUCCACGCCGCAGCAGAGCAGCUACAGCACCGUGGCCACCAACAUGAACGGCUACGGCAACACGGCCAUGACCAACCUGACCGGCUCGCCCAGCUUCCUCAACGGCUCCGCCGCCAACUCCCCCUACGCCAUCGUUCCCUCCAGCCCGACCAUGGCGUCCUCCACCAGCCUGCCCUCCAACUGCAGCAGCUCCUCCGGGAUCUUCUCCUUCUCCCCGGCCAAUAUGGUUUCGGCCGUCAAGCAGAAGAGCGCCUUCGCCCCCGUCGUCCGCCCCCAGACCUCCCCCCCACCCACCUGCACCAGCACCAACGCCAACGGCCUGCAAGAUCAGUCUUUUGUGGACUCUAACAAGUACUCCACUGCCAGCGCGCUGCAGGGCCUGGCCUUCUCCUGAAUGAUCCCUGGAAUGAUUGUCCCUCCGAUGUAGAGUGUGUGUGUGUGUGUGUGUGUGUGGGCGUGUCCCCGCGUGUGUGGGCGUGUCCCCGAGUGUGUGUGGGCGUGUCCCUGAGUGUGUACAGAAGACUCCGGUCGUGGAUUGGCCGCUGCAGUCCGUCGCUGAAGGAUCACAACUUUAAACUCAGGCCCUUUUCUAAACAGAUUCAGCUUUGAAGUGAAGCGAUAUGAAGGGAAAUCAACCUGGAUUACUGUAUCGAUCUGUUUUGAUGUUUGAACUAUUUGUACUCACCUUGUAGACACUUUUUAAGAAGAGGGGGCGGAGCCACGUCGGUUCUGACCCCGCCCCCCCGGCCACGCUAGUGCAGCAGAGUUCUAUUUAUUCUGAUUUGGUUUGUUAUUUUCAUGGUUUUGCCAUCUUUCCUGUGUGUUUCUGUGAGAUUAAACGGAUAGUGCGCCCUUUUAUAAAAUGUAAAAUACACAGCGGACACGAGCUGCAGCCUUUUGAGUUUUUUAAUAUAUAGUUUACGAUGCUAAAUGAAGGAUUUUUGAGGAGAUAUUAAGAAAAUAAAACACUGAAUUUCAGGAUAAUCGCAGACUGUUCUCACCUGAAGAGUUCAGACCAUCAUUUCCACCAUUUAUAUCAAUUUUAUCCAACAUCAACAAACAAAAGCUGACUGUGUCAGCUAGUAUACAAAUAUACUACUACUUAUAAUAAUGCUAAUAAAGCUAAUAAAGCUAAUAAAGCACCGUCAGAUCUAAAAUUGUCGCAAUAUUGCCAUAAAUCAAACAUUUCACUGUGCCAAAGUAAGAGCCUCCAGUCAUGCCAUCCUCUACACCCUCACUGUAUCUGCCAUAAACUCAUGAUUUAAUACAUAAAUUAAUUUAUAUAUAUAUAUUUAAGAAUAUAUAUAUUUAUGUAACGCUCAAUUUCUUACAGUGCGCCAAUGAACAAAAACACAAAAACACAAAAACUGCUCAAAUUAAACUUAAAAAAAAUCUGAUUUAGAAUCCAGUUCACAGCACAGCCCGGAGUGUAACGGGACACAGAUUAUUUGGAGUGUUUGUUGCCACGGUUUUUGGAAUAUUUAUGAAGGAAUGUUAUGUUUUCAUCGUGUUGCCAUUUUAAUUUUCAUAUUUAAAUUUUUUGUGAAGAAACUGUGAUCAGAUUUAGUUCUGCAUUCAGUUCAGUUCAACCCGAGGAGGAGAUCAAGAUAUGAAGGUAAAGAGGAGAGAAGGGGUUAAUGAAGCUUUUACAGACUGAUCUCAGACUGAUCUCAGACUGAUCUCAGACUGAUCUCAGACUGAUCUUAGACUGAUCUUGGGUUGAUCUCAGAUUGAUCUCAUACAAACCUCAGGCCGAUCUCAGAUUGAUCUUGGACUGAUCUCAGAACGAUCUUUUGCUUAUCUCAGACCAAUCUCAGAUUGAUCUCAGAAUGAUCUUUUGCUGAUCUCAGACUGAUCUCAGAUUGAUCACAGGCUGAUCUUGCGCUAAUCUUAGAUUGAUCUUGGGUUGAUCUUGGGCUAAUCUCAAAUUGAUCUCAGACAAACCUCAGGCCGAUCUCAGAUUGAUCUUGGGCUGAUCUUAGAUGAUCUUGGGCUGAUCUCAGACUGAUUUUGGGCUGACCUUUGGCUCAUCUCAAGGUGAUUUCAGACCAAUCUCGGCUGAUCUCUGACCGAUCCCAGACUAAUCUCAGAUUGAUCUCAGAUUGAGCUUUGGCUGAUUUUGGACAGAUCUCAGAUGACCUUGGGCUGAUCUCAGACUGAUUUUGGGCUGACCUUUGGCUCAUCUCAGGGUGAUCUCAGACCAAUCUCGGCUGAUCUCUGAUUGACCUCAGAUCGUUUGGGGCUGACCUAUGACCGAUCUCAGAUCAAUCUCAGAUCGAUCUGAGAUUGAGCUUUGGCUGAUCUUUGUCUAAUUUCAGAUUGAUCUCAGACCAAUCUCUGGCUGAUCUCUGACUAAUCUAAAACUAAUCUCAGAUUAAACUCAAUGAUCUCGGGCUAAUCACGGAUUUGUCAGAUCAGACUAAGUUCAGCAGUGUAAAAGUUCCACCUCUCCUCAUACGAAUCGUCAGAUUUCUGAAGGAUUUUUUUUCUCUCGGUUUUUGAAGUGUGUGUUUUGUACAGAGUGAUAAAUCUGGAGUUUUUUUUUUUUUUUUUUGUAAACUCUCUUUUAUUUUGCCAAAGUUCCUGUUUGAGAAAUAUUUAUACAUCAGAAAGAAAAAGUCUUAAGGCAGCUCAAUACGACCUGGUCUCACUGAUCUGGAGUUACGGCGUCAGAUCCGCCCGGUUUAUCCGGAGAUCCUCACUAAAAGGGAUAAAUGUAAAAUAUCCAUAUAGCGUUUGUAUGUUUAAAUUUUGUACAUUGCUUCUCUUCGCGGCUCUUCAUUUAUUUGUGUCGUUGUGUGUUCGAUGUUGUAACGUGCAGAUCAGAUUUUUUUACUGUCGUCCAUUAAUGUGAUUUUUGAAUUUUGCUUUAAUCGGUUCUGUGUUUAGAACCGCACCCCAUCCACCACCAGAGGCCAACGCUUUAUUUUUAUACCAUUUGUAAGUUAAUUAAAAAGUCGUCUUACUUUUUGUUUUUGUUUUUGUUUAAAUUUUUUGUAUCGUGCCGCAAAAAAAUGGUGAAAAAUUUGGUGAAACAUCCGGUGGCUGAUUUUCACCAGUUUAUCUACAGAAUAUUAAUGAUAUCUGUGCUUAUUCAUAUCUGUUUAUGUUUAUUUUUUAUUUUUUUGCUCUGUUUCAUCGAAAAUGUCAGGGAAAUGUUUUGUUAAAUGUUUAUUUUGUACAAUAUCUCACGUCCUUCAUCUUUAAUGUUCCCACAACUUCAGGUUUAUCAUCUCCACCAGCAGUGAUCUAUGCCUUAACGAUGCGUAACGAGUGUAAAUGUGGGAGGAGCCAGCAGUGCUCUGCUGCUGAGGUGUGAAUACGUGGUUUUGCAGGAGUCUGAUUGUGUAAAACAGCACAAAAAUUAACACAAGUAAAAAUGUAAUGUUACUCAAUAGUCUUAAAGAUUUCCCCAGCUGUCCUGAAUUUACUCUAAAUCCCCCAAACUCUGACCUGCCCUUUUAACGAGCCCUUAACGAGCCCUUAACGAGCCCUUAACGAGUCCUUAACGAGUCCUUAACGAGUCCUUAACGAGUCUUACAGUGAAAAUAUCCAUUUUUAUUUCUAAACUUUAUUAAAUAAAGUUACUGAGUCAUUGCAUAUUCAACACGGAGGCGGAGCCUUAUCAAUCCACACACAAAACCUAAAGGUGAAAUUUGGCGGGAAAUGUUAUUUGACUCUGUUUUUCCCUGUUGUUCCCUUAUCUUGUCUUAGACUGGACACUAGGUGGGCAGUUAUAUAUUGUUGGGGAGGGAAAUAAUAUAAAAAAAUAAACUACUGUAAAGAUUAUCAUUUUCUAAUUAACUUUGAACUGUAAAAUAACUUUUCAACUUUCACAAUAUUUAAAUAAAGUUUCUUCUUGUCUGUGA